GGUGUCGGCCCGCAGACUCGGCGAUCGCAGCAGCAGCAGGACGCUGCACAGCAGCCCGACCUGGGAAGGGAUCAUCCUGAAGACAACGAUCGUCCACGAUCAGACCCAAGGUACCUCGGCGGCUGAAAUAAAACGAGCAAGCAGGCACCAAAAAGCACACACACACACAUACACACACACAGGCGUCUUUUAUUACCAUCCUCCACUGAGGAUAAGGAGCAAGUGAGUGAGGGAGGGAACGAGAGAGGCGAGAGAGAGAGAGAGUGAGAGAGAGAGCGAGAGAGAGAGUGCACAGAGUUCCCUCAGCUGUUUCCAGGAGGCCGCGGCAGGCAUGGCGUCGGAACCGAGCGCCCAGCCUAGGGUGGUGUUCCAGACCACGGACAAAGAAGAAGAGGAGCCCCCGCACCGCAAGCUGGGCAAGCUGACGGUGAAGUACAAUCGCAAGGACCUGCAGAGACGGCUGGAUAUCGAGGAGUGGAUCGACGGGCAGUUGCACCUGCUCUACGACUGUGAGGAGGAGGAAAUUCCAGAGCUGGAAAUCGACAUAGAUGAGCUGCUGGACCUCCCCGACGCGCAGCAGAGAUCGAAGCUGCACGAGCUCCUACAAGAAUGUGGCAAGCCGAAGGAGGACUUUAUCAACGGCCUGCUGUACCGGAUGAAGGGUCUCCGGAAGAUGUCCCUAAAGAAAUGAGGAGAGGACACGCUCGAUACACUGCGAAGAGCCAGUGCCCCACUGCUCCCCCCAUCCCGAAUGUCUGUCUGUACGGUCUGUGUUAACAGGACUAACGUGGGGGUGUCACACGUGGGCGGGUACAGUCUUCAUGGACAAACUCCUGCUUUGGAUUGCCUUCUGAUCAUCAUUUAUGGACAGUCUCAUGUUUUGAAAUUAGGUAGGAAUUAUGCCCCUUUGUCUAUGAAUCAAAAAACAGAAGGUCUCAUCUUUUGAUGUAUCCGUAUGUCAUUUUGUGACUAGUGCAUGAAUGCAAUGUUUCCUAUUUAUAUAGAUAUUUUUUGUUCUGGAUUACAGUGUUGUAUAUUGUGUUAAUAAAAUGAAUGGUUUCUAGUUGUAAA